GGGUUUGAGAAUGUUAUAUUAUUACAAGGAGUAACACUGAAGUCAAAUAACUGAAUUCUACGGCUCACUUGGACUGUUGGCGGCUCCACGGGGAACCAAAAAUCCACUUACGUCACCGGUAUCGUGUUCGUCUCUGGCUCUUUUCUCCUCCUUCUUUCCACACGCGACUCUUCCUCAUUACAAGGGGGAGAGAGAAACAUGUAAAGCCGCAUCUUCUUGUUGACCUCGAGAAGAUGCUGCGAAUUCUACAACAGAGGAAUAAAGCUGUACAAAUACCGUUAUUCCCAUAAAUUUACGGAAGUUCUCAUUUUGUGCCCGAAGCGUUCGUUUUCUUAACUUCCAAGUAAAUGUUUAUCUUUAUUUCGAGGAAGUUCACUACCUCAUGUGCCCACACAGACGUGUCUCAGCCUGGAAUGAGCUUGUUUGCGUAAAGCCAGCUGAAGCGCAAAGCGGUAUCCGCGGCCGACCGUUCUUUCCCAAAUUCUGCUAACGGCUUACUGUGCACGUUAAGCUUUUUUAAAGCAUAACGUACUACUUAAAGCGACGAAUUUAAGUGGCUUUAUCUGAAAAGCAUACUUAAAGUGGUAACUUCUGCUCGGCGUCGAAAUGCAGGUUUUAAUCGUCGGGGCACUUCUGCUCUCCUUCCGUCAGUUAAGCCGAGCUGAACCGGCGCCCAAGUGUCCCGAGCGGUGCGACGUGAGCCGUUGCCCAAGUCCCAGCUGUCCCAGUGGCUACGUGCCCGACCGCUGCAACUGCUGUCUGGUAUGUGCCCAGGGCGAAGGCGAACCCUGCGGGCGCAAAGACGAUUUACCGUGCGGAGACGGCUUGGAGUGCAAACACCCCGGCGGCAAGCGCUUUGGAAAGGGCGUCUGCCAGUGCAAACACAGCCACAAAGUGUGUGGGAACGACGGCAAGACCUACGGGAACAUCUGCCAGCUGAAAGCGGUGAGCAGGAAAGCUUUGCAGCAGGGACUGCCGGCGGUUAUCCAGGUCCAGAAAGGAGCUUGCGAAUCAGGUCCUCAACACCCAAACAGCCCAAGGUAUAAGUUUAAUUUCAUUGCAGAUGUGGUGGAGAAGAUUGCUCCAGCAGUUGUGCAUAUUGAACUCUUUUUAAGGCAUCCCCUGUUUAAUCGCAAUGUCCCACUAACGAGUGGAUCAGGAUUUAUUAUGUCCGACACAGGUCUGAUUGUAACAAAUGCUCAUGUUGUAACAAGCACGUCAGCUGUGUCAGGUCGCCAGCAGUUAAAAGUUCAGCUACACAAUGGUGACACUUAUGAAGCCUCUAUCAAAGACAUUGACAAGAAGUCAGAUAUAGCAACAAUAAAAGUCAACCCUCAGAAAAAGCUACCUUUCUUGUUACUAGGCCACUCAGCUGACCUCAGGCCUGGAGAAUUUGUUGUUGCUAUAGGGAGCCCCUUUGCUUUGCAAAACACAGUUACAACUGGGAUAGUCAGCACAGCACAGAGGGAUGGAAAAGAGCUGGGCCUUAGGGACUCUGAUAUGGAUUACAUUCAGACUGAUGCGAUAAUCAAUUAUGGAAACUCAGGCGGACCACUUGUAAAUUUGGAUGGAGAAGUUAUUGGUAUCAAUACAUUAAAAGUUACUGCUGGAAUUUCCUUUGCAAUUCCCUCUGACCGGAUUUCAAGAUUUCUUAAUGAGUCUCAAGACAAACACAACAAAGACGUUAAAGCUGUGAAGAAACGUUUCAUCGGCAUACGAAUGAUUACUAUGACCCCUGUUCUACUGGAAGAACUAAAGCAACAGAAUGCUGAUUUUCCAGAUGUUAGCAGUGGGAUCUACGUGCAUGAAGUUGUUCCAAACUCUCCAGCUCAAAAAGGUGGAAUUCAAAGUGGAGAUAUUGUUGUGAAACUGAAUGGCCGGUCAAUAUCAACAACCACAGAGCUACAGGACGCUGUGAUGAAUGAAUCACCAUUGCUACUUGAAAUUCGAAGAGGCAAUGACGAUUUGCUUUUCAACAUUGAACCAGACAUCAUCAUGCAGUGAACGUGAAUCAUGGCUGCACUGAACUCUGGGACUGAUGGAUGCAGCAAAUAGUUGAGGCCUAUGGAGUGAAUUUCAUGGAUUUUUUCAGCCAUCCAUACUUAUACUUGAUGUACUGCUCCCCAGUUACUGCAACAGUGGCGAUCCAAAUAUCGCAGUGCCUAUAAUGAACUGAUAGUAGUGAACUUAGAUAGCAGUAUACUGUAUGUUACUUACACACAAUUUGUUUUGUUUUCUUUUUCAAUUUAAUCAUUUAGUAAUUUCAUGAAUACUUUUUUUGCAACACUAUAUCCAGCAUUUGCAACUGAAGUGGCGGCAUAGUUGGACACUUUACAGAAGAUGCCCAAAAUGUAUAAAUCCACAAUGACACAUUAAGGUAACCGCAUAUUGAAAAAUAUAAACAACGUUGGUUCAGAAAACCUGAAUUUUAUAUAAUGUAUGAACACAGAGUCAUGUCUACAAUUUAUGAUAAGGCUGCAGGCCAGAUGUAUGUCACUGAAAUGAUAAUUCCAGAAUAAUUCUUAUAGAAUUGACAUCGAAGUAGCGCAAAAAGGAGAUCAGUAUACACCAUUCUGGAGUGGUUACAGUUUCUUCAGCUGUUUUCAUAACACAGCUGGCAUAGCAAGCUUUUGUUUACAGCAUCAUUAAAGCACUAAUAACCCCUUCACUGUGGGUUUGUUUGUUUAUUCCUUUCAAAUAAAGGUUUACAUCUUCAGAAA